AUGAACUUCUAUUUUAUAUCCGUGUGUUCUAUUAUUUCAUCCUUGGCGGUUUUAACAGAAAGUUGUAUGCGAAUGGUUCCACCAGAGGACGUUUAUAUUUCGAGCACAUUAGCUCCGGAGGUGAACCCUCCUACCACCACAUUGGCUCCAGAGACUGCUGCUCCUACUACACAUGCUGAGACUGGCAUGACUGAGGAAAUGAUGACACCAACGCCUGCAGUGGAACUUUCAACUGUAACAGAUAAAGUAUGCCCAGGGAUUUCAGCAGAGUGUCCAGAUCUGAAACUGCAAUUCUACACACCAGUAGACACUAUAGAACAAGAUGGCUGCUCGGUCCUAAAAUGCCCAGCAGGCGGGAAACCAUAUGCGACCACACAUUUCUCGAAAAGUGAAAUUCCGAAACCGCCAACUACCAACGACGAAGAUGAAUUUACUAUUUAUAAAGCCGUCGAAGCUGAAGAUUUGGAUAAGAUCUUCGUUGAUAUAUUUGGGAUCACAUGUGAAGGCGGGGUGUGGAAGGCGUCAGUGUAUCCGAAUGGGAUUCUGACGUUCGGAAUCGAUUAUGAGCCAGAUUAUGAUGGCAUGGAUGGUGCAUAUGAUGGGUUGAAAUCUGAAAUUGAUAGGAUGUACUGUUAAAUUGAUGUUUUUAUUUGAGCUCCUAAUAAUAUUUCCUACAGUUUUCAAAAAGUAUGCUAUCUAACCCAUUUUAUUUAAAAAUUUUGCUGAAAUUGUACAGAAUUUCAUUUUCAACACAGUAGAAGCCAUACCCGGAAGCUUACUAGAUUCACUUUUCCAGUCGAAAAUAUUUUCCCCGAAACACCUGCAUAUCGGCUUCCAAAAACAAGCAGCACAAUAGGAUUGUCUGAAAAUCCGGCCGGAAUAACAUGUUUUUAUUAGACACACCUCUAUUGUCAGUGCUCCAUAUAAAAAGAGCCCUGUAACCGGCAACUUUCAUUCAACAUGAAUUUCAUCGUCUACCUCCUCGUCCUCAUCGCCUGGGCUCCAAGCUUUGGA